AAAUUUUAAAAAAGAAAUUAGUCGUAUGAGCGUUUGCUUAUGUUUGCUCUUGUAUGUCGAGGGCGAAAUUUUAUUUGUGAACUGCUGGUAAUUCAGAUGAAAAUAACACUCGAAACUUAAAGAGAACAUCUGAUGGUCUACGCUUGAUUUUAAAGUUUUGUGUUUCGAAGUCGAAACCCAAGAUGGCUCUUCAUAGAAAAAAAGAGGAGGCUUUAUUAAACUGGAUAAACAGUCUCCAUCUGGACAGUCCAAUAGACCACAUCUUCCUCUUACAAGACGGUGUCAUUCUGUUGAAACUCAUACACCAAUUAAAGAGGCAAAAAACGGAAGUGGACGCUGUUUUGGAGCUGCCCCUGCAGGGAAGAAUGGAUUUUAUAUCUGCAUUUUUACAAAAGGAUUGCAGAUAUAAAGCUGACAGAGGUACCAUUGUAUCCUGGGACAACAUUCUAACAGGCAAAAACCUUGAUAUCGAGCUAUCAAAGGUGGUUGUUCUGUUGUUGUACCAUUCUGUCAUGAACGGAUUGCUGGGACUAGACAGACUGGGCUAUGACAUAGAGGUGGAGCUAGCUGAUGUACUUCGCUUUGUUUUGAACAAUGAAGACAGCCUUUACCUGAGUGAUAAUUUGGAGAAAAUUCUCAAAAAACAAUCAAUUUUUGAUUUCUCCAGUGCAUCCAGUUUGUCGAGUUUCAGUGAUGAGGAGUCGCCAGUUUUCUCCAGACGACGGAGGCCAGAAGUUCAGUUCCUGGAGCUGAAAACUGUGGCAUCGAGUUCUGUUGGGUCACCCAUACAGGAUGUAGUAAACACACCUCAGUUUCAGCUUAGGAAACUGCGGAAGCAGUUGGUCCAGGAAAGGGAGAUGAGGGAUGAGCUGGAACGAGAGCUUGCCAGCAGCAGUCAGAUCAUCACAGAGAGGGAGAUGCAGGUUUCCCAGCUUCAGCACAGAGUCCAGAGAAUGAUGAGGGACAACGAGGAACAAGAGCAACAGCCUAAGGAGAUUGAGCAACUGCAGAGAAAAAACGAAGGGCUCUUGACUCGGUUGCAUGAUGUUCUGAAGCAGUGCCAAGAACUGAAAACAAAUAAAACUCAAAUGGAGAGGAAGAUUGAUGACUUAACAGAAGAAAAUGGAAUUCUCUCUGUCCAGAUGCGAGAGAUUUUUUCUCGCUUGUCAAGUGCUGAGGCAGCUGUAGAGAAACUGAGUGCAGAGCAGGAAUCUUCACAGGUGGAAUGGGAAAGUAAGAGGGCUCUUCUUGAGAGUGAACUUGGCCAGGCUUUCUCUCAAAAGGAGUACUUGAAUGAGCAAAUCCAGAUUCUGCAGGGAAAGAUCUCCAUUCUUGAGGAUGAACUUAGCAAGGCAAAGGUUGAAACUCUGGGGGGAGGUGAAGUCAUGGGUCCCAUUAUGGAGUGGGAACGACUGAACCAAGAGAUUGCUGACUUGAAUAACAAGCUGUCUCGGCUUCAAGAAAUCAUCCUUCAACUGCAGAAGGAAAAAAAAGAAAUUGAAAUGAUGCAUGAGGUAGAAAAGACCAAAUUCGAGGCCGAGAAAGCUCGUUUAGAAGAACUUGUAUCUGAGCUGAAUAAAAUGCUGACUGUCCACCGGGGUGAGAAGGAGGCAUUGGAACAAGCAUUAAGGGAGCAACGGGUGUCACUGGAAGCACGGAUCGAAACCUUAACAGCACAUAUUGCAUCUCUGACAGAAGCUGUUCAGGAGAGGGAGUUGGCUGUGACUAAUUUCAGUCAGAAGGUAGAUGUGGAACGUAAGAGGGUGGAGAACCUGACAGAGGAGAUGGAAAAACAGGAACGGUUUGCCCAGAAAACAAUCCAGGAACUUCAUGAGAGGGUAGAUCACCUUGGCUCUGUCCUGAAUGCAAAGGAAGAGGAAGCACGUUCUAAUGCAGAGGAGUGGGCUCGGGAAAGGCAUGAGAUCUCCCACCAACAGGUGGUGCUGAUGGAGGCCAGGGAGACCAUUUCCAGGGAAAUGGAUGCCAUUGCCCUAGAGUAUCAACAUUUUCGGCAAGAGAAAGAAGAGGUAGCCUGCAAGCUGAACCAGCAGAUUGUACUCCUGGAAGAACAACAGAGUAUGGAGCGGUCUCUCUUGUCAGAGCUCAGAAAAGAGAAGCAAGAACUGGAGCAGAAAGUUUCAUUUAUAGAAGCUACAGUGAAUAAUCUCAGAUCUAGAUGUCACGGCUUGGAGUUGGACAGUGAAACACAAAGAGCCAGCCACCUGGAAGAAGUGGAGUCUCUGAAGAGAAAGCUGCAUAAAGCAGAAAGUAUCCUUGGAGUUUAUGAAGGAAAGCUGGCUGAUCAUCAAAAGAUUGUUGAGGAGCAUAUAGCUCUUCGUGAUGAACUCUCUGCUGCAGCAGAAUGUGCUAAAGGUUUAAGGGAUGAGCUGGAAGCGGAGAGAAGCAAACAUAAAGAGACCCUUGCAGCUCAGCUCCAGAGCAAAUCCCAAAUGAUGGAGGAAAUGAGGAAGCUUGAAGAGAAGACAAAGAAUAUGUCUGUGGAGGUGCAGCACCUGGGCCAGCAACUGAGCAAAGUGCAGCAGGAGAAAAUGCAGGUUGAAGCCUGUAUGGCAAAGCUGAUGGAGGAGGGCAGAGAGAUGCAAAGGGGACUAAAUUCCGCACGCGAUCAAGCCUUCCUCACAAUCAAGGAAAGAGAAGCAGAGAUAUUAAAGUUGAGGUCAGAGGCCGAAGCUCUGUCAAGCAAGCUAAUUUUGGCAGAGGAGGCCAAAGCUAUAGAGUUGGCAAAAAAAGAUGACGAAAUGCAGGUUCUGUCUAAGGAGAUGAAGCAAAUCCAGAUGGAACUGGGGAGUGUGAAGAAAGCUAAAGAUGAUAUGGAGCUUGAUCUGCAGUCUAGUAUUGAGAAACGGCAGGAACAGCUCCUAUUGUUGCGCUUUCAGAUGAAUGAGUUGGAAGAAUCUGCACAUCAAAAGGAGACUGAAAUUGAGGUUUUGCAGACCAAGCUUUCUAACAAAGAUGAAGAAUUAAAGGCUUUUCGUCUUCGUGAAAAAGUUGAAAGGGAGGAACUGCAAAAACAACUUAAACAGGAAGAAGACAGAUGCUUGAUGUACAAACAAGAAAUAGUUGUAAAGGACAAGGAGGUUCACAAUUUGAAGAUGGCAAUGGUGGCAAAAGAGGAAGAAAUAAAUUCAUUAAUGCAGAACAUCCAUUCUGGGGAAGAAAAGGCAUCAGCUUUUCAAGAUCUGCAGGAGAAAAGACUUGAGGAGCAAAAGCAAGCCAUAUCUACUCUUGAAAUUAGGUUAUCUGAUGCUCAGAGACUGUUAGAGGAGAAGGCCUCUUCCAUUGAAAUGCAGACUAGUCAAGUUAUACGGUUGCAAAGAGAUUUGUCUGUUGAGCAGGAACGGGUUGUUUCUGUGGAGCAUAGUAUGAAGGUGUCAGACGCUGCCCUCAUACACUGUAAAUUGGAGAAAGAUGCUCUGCAAAAUGAGGUUACCUCCUUGCAAGAACUUGCUAAAAAGCUUAAGGGAGAACUUGAAGAACUGAAGAGAGAACAUGAGAACCUGAGAUGUCAAGUUGCAGAAACUGAAGCUCAGCAUAACAAAUCUGAAGAGAGAAUUGCUCAGCUUCAAGCCAAAUUAGAGACAGCAUCUACUCUUGCUUCUGAGAAGGACUCUCGGCUAGAAUCACUUCAUGCAGAACUGAAAGAGAGGGACAGCUUGAGAAUCCAAGCUGCAGAAAUGGAGGCUCGACAUAAGGAACUGGAAGAGAACAUUGCUCAGCUUCAAGCCCAGUUAGGGACAGCAUCUGCUCUUGCUACUGAGAAGGACUCUCGGCUAGAAUCACUUCAUGCAGAACUGAAAGAGAGGGACAGCUUGAGAAUCCAAGCUGCAGAAAUGGAGACUCGACAUAAGGAACUGGAAGAGAACAUUGCUCAGCUUCAAGCCCAGUUAGGGACAGCAUCUACCCUUGCUACUGAGAAGGACUCUCGGCUAGAAUCACUUCAUGCAGAACUGAAAGAGAGGGACAGCUUGAGAAUCCAAGCUGCAGAAAUGGAGGCUCGACAUAAGGAACUGGAAGAGAACAUUGCUCAGCUUCAAGCCCAGUUAGGGACAGCAUCUACCCUUGCUACUGAGAAGGACUCUCGGCUAGAAUCACUUCAUGCAGAACUGAAAGAGAGGGACAGCUUGAGAAUCCAAGCUGCAGAAAUGGAGACUCGACAUAAGGAACUGGAAGAGAACAUUGCUCAGCUUCAAGCCCAGUUAGGGACAGCAUCUACCCUUGCUACUGAGAAGGACUCUCGGCUAGAAUCACUUCAUGCAGAACUGAAAGAGAGGGACAGCUUGAGAAUCCAAGCUGCAGAAAUGGAGACUCGACAUAAGGAACUGGAAGAGAACAUUGCUCAGCUUCAAGCCCAGUUAGGGACAGCAUCUACCCUUGCUACUGAGAAGGACUCUCGGCUAGAAUCACUUCAUGCAGAACUGAAAGAGAGGGACAGCUUGAGAAUCCAAGCUGCAGAAAUGGAGACUCGACAUAAGGAACUGGAAGAGAACAUUGCUCAGCUUCAAGCCCAGUUAGGGACAGCAUCUGCUCUUGCUACUGAGAAGGACGCUCGGCUAGAAUCACUUCAUGCAGAACUGAAAGAGAGGGACAGCUUGAGAAUCCAAGCUGCAGAAAUGGAGACUCGACAUAAGGAACUGGAAGAGAACAUUGCUCAGCUUCAAGCCCAGUUAGGGACAGCAUCUGCUCUUGCUACUGAGAAGGACUCUCGGCUAGAAUCACUUCAUGCAGAACUGAAAGAGAGGGACAGCUUGAGAAUCCAAGCUGCAGAAAUGGAGACUCGGCAUAAGGAACUGGAAGAGAACAUUGCUCAGCUUCAAGCCCAGUUAGGGACAGCAUCUACCCUUGCUUCUGGGAAGCAGUCAGAGCUAGACUUGCUGCAUAAAGAGGUGAGAGAGAGAGAGAAGCUGAGAAUUAGAGCAGUGGAGGAUGAAGAAGCAAAGUAUAAGGAAUUAGAAGAGCGGUUCAUUGAGCUUCAGAGGCACGUCAUUGAGGCAUCAACUCUUGCCUCUGAGAGGAAAUCCCAACUUGACUCAUUGCAUAAUGAGAUGAAGGAGAAGGACUAUGUGGUCAAGACUCAGCGUAUGGAGUUGGAAUCCACUGUAACCCAACUGAAGGAACAGCUUCAUACUGCCACCUCUCUUGCUGCUGUGAAUGAAAAAUUAAAUGAGGACAUGCAAAGGCUUGACGUCAUAAGGCAAGAGUCAAUGGAAAGAGAUGCGCUCCAGAUUCGUGCUAUAGCUGAGGAUCUGAAAAGGAAAGAAAUGGAAGAGACUAUAGUGAAGCUCAAGGCAGAGAUCCUUGCACACACUACUAAACUUGAGCAUCUUAAUAAGAGGCACCAGCAGCAGCUCUCGGUGCUUAGGAAUGAGAAUGAAAUGCUGUUGUCUUUGAAGGAGUCCAUGGUGAAAGAGCAGGAGGUUUCCCAACGGGUGAAGGUCUCCCUGGAGAGCAAGUUGAAGCUUGCUGGGCAGAAGCUGUCUGUGCUUCUCCCCUUACAGGAGUGUAAGGCGGAGAACGAGAGGCUCAUUGGUGAACUUCAGGAGCAGCUGCAGGUGAAAACUGAGGCACUGGGACGCUACAAAGCUCAGGUUGAGGUGACAAAGACCCACUACAAUGGGAAGAAGCAGCAGCUGCUGGAGGUCCAGGAGAAGGCUCAAACGCUAGAGAGUACACUUGAGAGCAGAGAUCAGGAGGUGAAGGUACUCAGGAGUGACAUGAAGCUGCUGCAGAUAGAGCUGGAUCAGGCCAAGCUCUCAGAGAAAGACCUGACCUUAAAAGUGAACAGCCUGCAGGCUCAGGUUGACUAUGCUGACAGGCAACUGAGGGAAUAUGCAAAGCAUGCGACGGACACCACUCUGAAUACCUGCAAGCCUCCUUCUCAAGAGGAACGGAAUGAGAAGCAAGCAGACCUCAGCAAGGACAGCCUGGAAGACUCUCUCAGUGCUACCUGGAAGCCGCUGGCGCGUGAGGAGUCCAGCACGCCGCUGGUGCGCAGCUCGGAGCGCCUGAGGGCCAAGCGGCGAGCACUGGCUGACGACUCCAUAGACACCAUCUACUUCACCCCCAUGGCCAGCAACUGCCCCAAGCGUAAGCUGGAGAACAGCAUCAUGUCGCUGGGCGAGCUUGCGAUCGACUCCACCAAGAAGAGCAACUCUGCUCGCCGGCGGACCACACAGGUUAUCAACAUCACCAUGACUAAGAAGACUCCAGGCAAAGCCGAGGUCGAUGGUGAGAACAGCCUGUUCUCCAGUCUCCACUCCGCCCAAUCGGUUCCCAACAUCGCCUCGCAGAGAAAUCGUCCGAUCUCCAUGGAAUUCUUUGAGGAGCCUGUUGGGGGCAGCAGUGACCACCUCCUGAGUUUGCCGGGAUACCGGCGCAGCACCAUUCACAGCCACGUCCCGCCUCGCGCCAUCAGCACGUAUUGUGUGGGUGCCGAAAAUGAACCCGACAUCACCGACAACUGGAAGCGCAUCGCUGAGCUCCAGGCCCGAAAUAAAGCCUGUCUGCCCCACCUGAAGAGCAGCUACCCUCUGGAGUCUAGGCCCAGCCUGGGGAUGCCGUUGUUUAACAUCACAGACGAAGACCUGAGGACUGGAGACCCGAUGGAGACGAUUCGACGUGCUUCGAUGCUCCCAGAUCAGAUUGGGGAAGGCAUAGCUUCCCGGCGCUCUACCAUGCUCCCUGGCCAGAUUGGGGAAGGCAUGGCUUCCCGGCGCUCUACCAUGCUCCCUGGCCAGAUUGGUGCCGGGCUGGAAUCGCGUCGCGUCUCGGUGCUUCCUAAGCCGGCUUCUGCUGUUGGCCAGAAUGCAGGAGGGUCUGUCGUCUCCCUGAAGCGCCAAGGCGAUAACUUGCUGGAGUCGGACACGCCGGAAGCUAAGAAGAUGUCAAGCUGCUUUCCUCGACCAAUGCAGAGCAGUCAGCUCAAAUCUCCCAAUACUCCUGCUGAGCGCAGGCAGUCGGUGAUGUUCAGUGUUGACAACACACCCCACAAGAAUACCAAGAACAGCAUUCUGCAGCGAGGCAUCAACAAGAUGCGGAGUAGCACCCGCAAGUCCCCAGGCUCCAUCAGUAAAAUCAGCGGAUCCGGCACCAACAAGAUCCCUCGCUCCAGGAAGUCUCCCCAAACCGAUGCGGCCAAACCACAACGCCGGUCCCCCAGGAUCAACUGCAGAAAAUCCCCCAAAAUCACCGCCAGUGCCAAGAAGAGUGUGAACUCAACAGGUAGUCGACCCCCCUACCAUGCAGAUAAUGGCGUACCGGUCACGAAUGAAGAUAUGACGGCUGCGGCUGUUCUGGUUUGGCCUGAUGCUUCACACCCAGACAAGCAUCAUUCAAACUAAAGAACAUUUUAUCCUUUUAAACUGGGUAAUUAUUUUAAUUGGUGUGCAAUUAAUAAAACCAGUCAAAGUUCUAUUCAUCUUUGUCAUUGAAGAAUGUUAGUCUCCUAAGGCUUGGUUUAGCAUUCAUACACUAUAAUUUUAUAUCGUCACUUUUUAUGAUUACUGUGUAUUACCAGAGCGCAACAAGCUACAAAUCCAUCGGUGAUGGAAUUUUUAUUUUGUACGUUUUUGGUGUGUUGAAAUUGAGCUUAAUACAUUACCAGGGUUAGCGACCUUUUCACGGUGUGCCUGAGACAUUGAGUAAUUUGAGGGGAAACAAAGGUUUGAUUUGGAAAGAGAUUCCGGGUCUGCAUUGCAGGGCCCUGCCUGGCUGAGCUGGCUGCUCCUGUUCACGUUUUGAGGGUUAGGUACCAAAACUUAUGUUCUCAGGCCACUACUAGUGAAUAUGCUAACCCCCCUGCAUUGAUUCCUGCAGGUUGUGGGGUGUGUAGGAAAGUGUAACCCUAAAACGGUGCCGUAAGAUGCAAUCAAAACAAUGUUUGUGAAUGUGUUUGGUGUGGUGGGGGGGGAUGAUGGAAGUGCUGCCCCCCCCCCCCCAAUAAUCAUGCACGUCACAUUCACACUGUUUGCACAGACCUUCUCGCAUUGCCGCCAGCUGAAAGCCCGAUAGGCUCUGCUUGUGGGGCUCGCUGUGCUCUCUAGCUGCUUGUUUAUUUCUAUGUGUCCCUUUGUCGCUUGCUGGCCUGUCACUUAUUUGCUUGUCACUUUCCUUUUGAAAUAAAGCACUUGAGACUGCG